AUGAAAGCCGACUGGGUGACUCUGACCCAAUCGCCAGGAGAGGUCACAGUUGUGGUGCUAGGAAUAUUUGUGAAGAACCACAACACUCCCAUCGUCAUAGCCAACAACCGGGAUCUGACUUACAUUCUCCUCAUCUCUCUCCUGCUCUGCUUCCUUUCUGCACUUCUAUUCAUUGGCCAGCCUGGAAAAGUGACAUGUCUUUUGCAACAAACUACUUUUGGAAUGGUCUUCUCAGUGGCAGUUUCUUCUAUCUUGGCAAAAACCAUCACAGUGAUUAUAGCAUUUAUGGCUACCAAACCAGGAUCCAGGAUGAGGAAGUGGGUAGGGAAGAAAUUAACAAAUUCCAUUGUUGUUUCCUGCUCCCUGAUCCAAGCAAUCAUCUGUACUUUAUGGCUGUCAAUAGCUCCUCCUUUCCCAGAUGUUGAUAUGGUCUCAGUGCCUGAAGAAAUUGUACUACAAUGUAAUGAAGGCUCUGUGAUCAUGUUUUAUUGUGUCCUUGGCUAUAUGGGUUUCCUGGCUCUUAUCAGUUUUACCACAGCUUUCCUUGCCAGAAAGUUACCAGACAGUUUCAAUGAAGCUAAGUUCAUCACCUUUAGCAUGUUGGAUAGCAUCUAUUACUGUUCAUUCCACAAGGAGCGCCGCUUCCACCAUGGUAUGGUCUACUCUGGCAUCAUUGGACGAGAUCUGCAGGGCAGCGGCGUGGGUGUCCCCUUUGUCCUUUUUCAGACACUAUCAACUAGCUUAAUUCCUAAGAAUUACCAGCACAUCCUGGCUUUGGAAUUCGCUGUGAAGGAGAUCAAUGAAAACCCACAGAUCUUACCCAAUCUCACCUUGGGCUUCCGCAUCUAUGACAGCUAUGAUAAUGCUAAGAGCACAUAUCAUACCACCAUGCUACUUCUAUCAUCCAUGGAGGGGUUGAUCCCCAACUACAUAUGUAACCCUCACAACAGUGCAAUAGCUGUUGUUGGGGGACUGGAUGCCCAUAUCUCCCUUUAUGUGGCCACUAUGUUGGAUAUCUAUAAGAUUCCACAG